AAGCCGCUACCCAGCGGUCGCCAUUAUUCUUCCUGGCUUGACUGUCGGAAUAAAGACGGUUUAAUACUUUUAAACAUUAUAUUUUGGUGUUAACGGCAAUAUUGUCGGCCUAUUUGUGUAGGCGGUUGAUUAACUCAUGAAUUAGCGACACAGCCCGGGGACAGAAUGGAGAAACGAUCUGAUACCACAGGUUUUGGAGGUUCCCUUCCCCUGUCCUCCCUUCGCUUGAUGGCUUCCCCUCUGCAGCUGACAUACUCGUACAUAUGGCAGGUCAUACGGCAGAGAAAUGUGAAGCAGUACGGGAAAGUGGAGGAGUUUGUGACCAUGGUGACGCAGACUGUUCCUGAGCUUAUAAGCUUUAAGCAGACUGCACAGCUCAUCUUGGGGCUGAGAGCAAGGAUCAUUUUGGAUUUGCUUCACAAAGACGGCCCACCAGAUUCUAGGGCUAUUCAAACUCUCAUAAAUAAGUUGAAGGUCUCUGCAUCUUCAGGGAAGGACUCAGAAGUGGAGAAAUCUCAAACGAACUUCAUGGUGCUGGUCCAGAAUCUGCUUAAAAACCCUGCUGAGAGGAAGCACUUCUUCCAGGAAGUGUUCCCUGUUCAGUACGGCACAAAGUUCGAUACCGCGCUUCAGGCUCUGACUGCAGGUCUGGUGUGCAAGCUGGAGCAAGUUCUUCCUGUUCCCAAUCUCUCCCAGCUCGGUGCCAUGAUCGCAGCGGAGCCCUCAGUCCUGGAGGCAUGUGGAGGCUUCAUCCCAGACGCCGUGGACCUGAAGACUCUCCUCCUACACCAGCAGGCCAAGGGACUCCUUGGUGUUAAAGCAACCAUCUCGUCCUCAGUGGGCAACUGUGUGCUCUCAUCACUCGCCUUCCGGCCCAAACCAGUAGAACAACCACCACCACCCCCACCACCACCACCCCCACCAACAAUACCAGAAUCCCCAAAGCGAUUAGAGGUCACCCUCAACGAAACCAGCCCAGCCUCCCUCAGUGACCCCGAAGACUUGGGAAUGAUGUCAGAGGACUCUGACAGCCCAGCAGACGCUGCCACUGGACCACAGGGGGGAGGGCGAGACAGUCAUAAAACAGCCGAUGGCCGUGCUGAAAAGGAAAAGCGUGUCGCGACAACCGCUCCGGCCGAGAAUUUGGCGCAAGAGAAGAGUCAGCCGGCCGCAGCUCUUCAAAGUGGAGAGGGGGGCGCAGCGCCGGAAGCACUAGAGAAACCGGAAGCACAGCGGCCUCCCCUGAAACCGAUCCCUUUCCGGGUAGUUCAAAUGCCAAUGAAACCCGCCUCCACCUUACAGAACGCGGGCAGUGCCGGGACAAAAGACGGCCAAAAGCCUCAGACUCAGCGAGUCACGUUGCAUCAGUGGGUGUCACAGAUCGCCACCAACUCGCUCUCGCUCCCAGCGCUGCCACCGCUUCCUCCGGCCCGGUUCAGCGCGGGCGACGACAUGAAGCCGAGCAUACGCAGAAAGAAGCAGAUCAGGCCGCCAGCCGACCGAUUCACUUGCAGCGUGUGCGACAAAAGCUUCCCUUAUCAGUCCAAGCUGAUGGACCACGAGCGCAUCCACACGGGCGAGAAGCCUUUCGUGUGCACAGCAUGCAACAAAAGCUUCCGGACCCAGGCGUUCCUCAACAACCACCUGAAGACCCACAGCACGGUGCGUCCUUACGCCUGCGGCCAGUGCGGGAAGUGUUUCACCAAAUUGCAGAGCCUGACCAAGCACAUGCUGGCCCACAGUGGCCAGAAGCCCUUCUACUGCAACAUCUGCAACAAGGGCUUCACGCAGUCCACCUACUUCAAAAGGCACAUGGAGUGCCACACGAGCCAGAUGACGUUCCCCUGCAAGCACUGCAACAAAAGCUUCCCCACGGCUUUCAAGCUGUCGAACCACGAGCGCUGGCACACCCGGGACCGGCCUCACAUGUGCGAGCGCUGCGGGAAGCGGUUCCUCGUCCCCAGCCUGUUGAAGAGACACAUGGGCUACCACAUCGGCGACCGUCAGUACCUCUGCUCCCAGUGCGGGAAGACCUUUGUCUAUCUGUCGGACCUGAAGAGGCACCAGCAGGACCACGUGCCCAAAGCGAAGAUCCCUUGCCCCGUUUGCCAAAAGAAGUUCUCCAGCAAGUACUGCCUGAGGGUUCACCUGAGGAUCCACACCAGAGAGAGGCCCUACCGCUGCUCCAUAUGCGACAAGACCUUCACCCAGGUCGGGAACCUGAAGGUCCACAUCAGGUUGCACACCAACGAGCGCCCGUUCAGCUGCGACGUGUGCGGCAAGACCUAUAAGCUGGCGUCCCACCUGAACGUCCACAAAAGGACUCACACGUGCAAGAAGCCCUGGACGUGCGACACGUGCGGGAAGGGGUUCUCCGUCCCCGGCCUCCUGAAGAAGCACGAGCAGCUGCACACGAGGGACGCCAACCCCGACUUCGCCGCCAAGCGGAGACACAGGGGUAAGCACAAGAAGCAGUCCCUCAAGAGGAAGUAUGAUGAGGAAGAGGAGGGUAGCGAUGAUUAUUAAAUCAAAGAAACACAUUUUGUAUUGAAUAAGGACGCUCUGAUUAGGGGUUUCAGGGCUGAUCGCCAAUCUAGUUACAGCGUGAACGACCCUUUUGAACCAUGUCGUUUUCAAAGCGUUCAAGAUUUCUUUUUUUUAAGCUUGUGGUGAAGAUCAGGUCGCCAUGAAAACACAUUCUGAAUGAUGCUCACAUCAUUCAGAAUGUCCUGAUCAUCGGAUUUAAAGACGACCAUCUCGAGUUAUGACUCGAGUUUUGAUGGGUGGCCGGCUCCAGCCGGAGCCACGCAACUAAAGCCCACUGUUUUACUGUAAUCACUGCUGUUUUUCAUCUAAUAAGGUGAUGUGACAAAAUGAUGUUAGGAAAUGAAGUUACCCUAAGCUGUCACAUUUUAAAAGCUAUAAAAAGGUAGCAGUCGAGCAUUUCUGAUCAUGUUCUGAUCAGUUUUGGAGUUGUUAGUAGCAGGGAAUCAUUUUCAUUACAAAAAAACCUGCCAUGGCUGAAAAUAAAUGCUUUUCUUCAAAAGAUGCUACCUGAAAGUAGCCAACAUUUAAAAAAAAAAAAAAAAACUGGGCAUCAUGUAAACAAUACAACUAAAGUAUUUCAAUGCAUGUGACCGUAGAUCCUUUGUCUGCUAUGUAAUCAAAUGUUGUAGUGUCUCUAGGAAACAUUGUAUCUGUGUUACCGUAUCCUUGUGGAAGCUGUAGAGAUUUAAAACUACUUUUACCAUUGGGUUUUUUAUGUAACCCUGAAUUGUAAACAUUACUCUGCUUUUAUUUUAGAGAGAAAAAUGCGGAUUUGUGUAGAUUAGGAUUUCACUUUUUUCCAGCAGUAGAUGCAGUGUUGUUGCUCUAAUGGUGUUGAACUAACACAAGGAAAUAGCUCGGACACAAACAUUAUGCAAAUGUGUGAUGAGGUCGUGCUGUGAAUCCUGUCUUUCCCAUUACUUAUCCUAUUGUGAGCAGCCAUGUAUACACGCUAUUAUUUUGAGGUUUUGCAAAAAAAUAAAUGCACAUAGCAAAGGA